AUGAAAGACGUAUCAUUGAAAUUUGUGUUUUUAUAUGUCAUAGUUUCUAUUCUAAUUGGGCUUAUUUUUCGUUUUUUCACUUUUUAUCAAAUUCUUAUUAUAAUUACUAUUUACUGUGCUUUAUUUCUAAUAUCUUUUCUUUAUGUAGCUUCCAAAUACCUUAAGAGAUCCAGAGUUAGGGACUACACAGAAGUAAUAAAACCUUUAGCGUUUACAAAACCAUCAGAAUGGAUAAAAGCAGUUGAAGCUUAUGAAAAAGAAAUGUCUACAGAUAACUUACGUUUACCAAUUCAUGACUCUCAACUUAUAUCUGAGGCAUUUGAUAAGAUUAUUACACUUAUUAUUCGUGAUUUUGUGAUGAGAUGGUAUAAAGAAAUCGCUCCUCAUGGUACUUUUCCUAUUGUUGUUGAAAAAACUAUUCGAUAUUCUUUAAUACAGCUUGGAAAUCGUAUGAAAAAUAUAGAUAUAGGAGAUGUUAUUGUUAGAAAGAUUAUACCAAUAAUUACCUCUCAUAUUGCAGAAUUUUCAGUUGCAGAUGCGAAAGUGCAACAUCUUGGCCUUAAACAAAACCUUACUGAUUUAACAGAAUUGAAUCUUGCUGUAGCAAAAAAGUACAACAAUGGAAAGCUUCAUCCAGCUGUUACAUUUUUUCAUUCAGGAAGUGUGAUUUAUCAGAAAGAUCAUCUCAGAAAACUGGUUGGCCGAAUUAUUGGUUUUAUAUUACCUGACUCUGAAUUGAACAGUAAAAUCGUUUUUACUUUAGUUAGAGAGAUUAUUUCGUGUGGUGUUUUAUCUCCCAUAAUAGAAUUAUUAAUAGAUCCUGAUAUAUUGAAUCAACUAAUAGAGACUAUUAGUAGUUCUAUAAUACGAGAACGAAAAAAGAUUAAACAUAUUAGAGAUGUUCUUAAAAAACAUUCAAUAUAUGAAAAAAUUGAGAAACAAAAAUAUACACCAAAGUUUUCAUUAAAUGAUAAAAUGUUUGAAAGAUAUAUACGUUUUAUAAAACAUUGUAAUAAUUUAUCUAAUUUAAGAAGAAUGAGGAAUGCUCUUGCUUUAGAAAACCAUAAGUUUCAAUCAAACAUAAAAGGUGCUUUAGCUAAGUUUCAAAAAAGUAAAUAUUAUUUAGAAAAACAAAUAGGGAUGUUGACAGGAAAUAUAAACAGUGAUUAUUCGGGUUUUGUUUUGCAAACUCCAGAAGUUUUGUUUGCUCAAAAAGAUGUCAAAUUAAUAGAAAUAUUGCAUAAUGUUUCAGGUUUAUCAUAUUUUAUGGAAUUUAUGGAUCAGAAAAAUAGAAUAGUCCUAGUUCAAUUUUGGCUUGUUGUGAAUGGUCUUAAUAAUCCCUUCGAUCACGAUAUUUCUUCAAAAAAUGAUCCAUUAGGUGCAAUUUCUAUUUUUCCUGAAAAUAUUAAUGUUAGAUUAUCAUAUAAGGAAGAUGUUUCUACUGUUUUUGAAACAUAUUUUUCAGAAAAUCUUUUAAAUAUAUCUGAAGAAAAUAAAAAUAUUGUUAAGGAAUUUAUUGAAUUACCUGAUAUGCCUGAAAAAUAUCAUAAUGCUAAAAUUGUUUUAUCUAAAAUACAGAAUGAAGUUUUUGAGAUUAUGCAAGAAAAGGAUCUUCCCGGUUUCAUAAAGAGUGAAAUCUUUUUAAAAUAUUUGACCACAAUAACAGAAGAAACUUCAAAAAAUUUCAAAGAUACUUCUCAAAAUCAUAUAUAUGAUAAUACAUCGACAAAAACUUAUAUGACACCAGAUUUUAAUUCUGAAUACAAUUCUAAUUCUACAUUAAGCAUUCCUUCUACUCAAAAUUCUAAGAAAGGAACAUGUACUAAUAAUGAUAUUGAUUUUGAUAUUUUACAAGAAGUUGAAACUGUAUUGAAUGAUAUUAUAGAUAGUGAUGAUGAUAAUCAGAGAAAAUGUAAAACAGAUACGAAUACAAAAAAUGCAGAUUUGUCUGGAAAUUCUUCAAAAAUAUCUCUUGAUUGUUUGAAAAAAUCUUUAACGACAGAAUCUUCUGAUUCUAAUUCUUUCGAUAACUAUUUAUAUUCUACAGAUAAAAAAGUUCGUGCUCCAUUGUUCGAAGAAUCCGAGCAGCUUGACAUAGAUUUAUCUUAUGAUAAUCAAAACAUUGAUGACUUAACUGACGCAGAUAUUCAUCAUGCAUCACCUGGUGAUCUAACUCUUUCUGAAGCUAUUGAUAAUAUUUCUCUUGAAAUUGAUAGUUUGAUUUCUGAAGAAUCGGUUCUUAGUUCUCUUAUAAAAAAAGCAGAACUUACUAAUAGUGUCUCUGAGCUUAAAAUUUUUAAAAAAUCAAUUAAAACCAUUCAAUCAGAAAUUCAUCGUAAAAAAUAUCAAAGGCAGCAAUAUAUAAUUCAGGAAAAUGAUAACUUGCUCUAUGGAAGAUCAAAAAUAUCUAUACCAACUGUAACAAUAGGAUUAGAAAUGGAUGGAUCUGAAUACACUUUGUAUAUAAUAGAAAUACAAAAGUUUGAUUCUUCUAAAGUGGUAACAGCAGGAUGGAUUCUUGGGCGCCGCUAUAGUGAAUUUUUUCAUCUUCAUCAAAGAUUAAAAGCACAUUUUCCAAAGGUGCGAAAUAUUGAGCUUCCAAAAAAAAGUGUUGUUUUAAAAAUGCAAAAAUCUUUUAUUGAAGGAAGAAGAGUUAUGCUUGAAAAAUAUCUUCAGACUUUAUUACAAAUUCCAGAAGUCUGUGCAUCAAAAGAGUUGCGUAUAUUCUUAUCUCAACAAAAUUCUACAUUACCGUCAUUACAGAAAGACCCUGACUCUACAUCUUAUUCAGAUCCACGAGAAAUUAUUGGAUAUAUUUUUAAAUAUUUUUCAGAAGGAGUAGAUGAUUUGCCACUUAAUUCUUCUUUUAUAGAUAAUUUUUCCGAAACUAAUCUUAAUAUAUUGGACGCAAUAACAAUAAAAGAAAAUAACAAGCCUCCUGUUAACCAACAAACUCAGAAUUUAAAAGUUUUAGAAAACGAUGCAACAGCAUUUACAAAACCAGUAUGCGAUUUGUUUUUGGAAAUCUUUGAUCUUAAGAAGUCAAAUAAUUGGUUAAAAGGCCGUGCAAUUAUUAUAAUAUUACAACAAUUGUUAGGAGGUGCUAUUGAGAGAAAACUUCGUGAAACUUUGCGACAAGCCUUUGAAGAGCAAUCUAUUUUAAACAUACUUGAAGUAUUAAGGAAUACCUUGUGGCCAAACGGAGUAUUAAUAAAGAAUCGUCCUUUAAGAUCUUAUGAAGAAAAAAUAAAAACAAGGCUAGAAGCUGGUUUUUUAUUUUCUGCUAUAUUUCCUAGUUAUCUGCCUGAUGUUGCACACAAAAAAUUAUUCAAUAUAUUGCAAAAUUCUUUGUUAAAUUCGCAUUUAGUAUUCAGUAUUUUUGAUGAAAUUAUUGAAAUUAUUUUUCCUGAAAUAAAAGAAACAACUUAG